UAUCUACAUAAUUUAACCUAUACACACAUCUUCCCAACUUAUUUUAUGGCUCUCCCUCUGCUGCUAACAUCAGUCCUCCUCAUACUCCUAGCAUACCGACUCUACCACCUGUUGCGCUUCAGGCUACCUCCCGGACCACGGCCAUGGCCCAUCGUUGGCAACCUUUACCACAUUAAGCCGAUAAGGUUCCGGUGUUUCGCUGAGUGGGCGCAGACCUAUGGUCCGAUUGUUUCAGUGUGGUUCGGGUCGAGUUUGAAUGUUAUUGUUUCCAGUACUGAACUGGCUAGAGAAGUGCUGAAGGAACAUGAUCAGCACUUAGCUGAUAGGUCAAGGAGCAGGUCAGCUACUAGAAUGAGCAGAGGUGGGAAAGACCUUAUAUGGGCUGACUAUGGUCCUCACUAUGUUAAGGUUAGAAAAGUUUGUACUAUUGAGCUUUUCUCCAUUAAGAGACUCGAGUCUUUGAGGCCCAUAAGAGAAGAUGAGGUUACUGCAAUGGUUGAAUCUAUUUAUUCUGACUGCACCAAUCCUGAAAAUACUAUCAGAAGUUUGCUAGUGAGGAAGUAUUUGGAAGCAGUUGCAUUUAACAAUAUAACAAGGCUGGCAUUUGGUAAGCGAUUCGUGAACGAGGAAGGCGUAAUGGAGGAGCAAGGCAAAGCAUUCAAGGCCAGUGUUGCUAGUGGAACUAAACUAGGUGCAUCACUUUCCAUGUCAGAGCACAUUCCAUGGCUUCGCUGGAUGUUCCCACUUGACAACGAAGUAAUCGAUAAGCAUACGGCUGAAAGGGACCGACUCACCCGAGAGAUAAUGGAAGAGCAUACAGUUGCUCGCCGGAAGACUGGGGAUACCAAGCAGCAUUUCAUUGAUGCAUUGCUGACCCUCAAGGAGGAAUACGAUCUUAGUGAAGAUACUGUUAUUGGGCUCCUCUGGGAUAUGAUAGUUGCAGGCACGGACACAACUGCAAUUGCAGUAGAAUGGACAAUGGCUGAGCUAGUUAAGAACCCAAGAGUACAACAGAAGGCUCAAGAGGAGCUAGACCGUGUUAUUGGUUCCAAACGUGUCUUGAAUGAGUCUGAUUUCUCAAGUCUCCCUUACCUGCAAUGUGUAGCCAAAGAGGGACUAAGGUUGCACCCCCCAACACCACUAAUGCUCCCUCAUCGUGCUAGUGAUAGCGUCAAAAUUGGAGGCUAUGAUAUACCAAAGGGAUCAAUUGUUCAGGUAAAUGUAUGGGCUAUAGCGCGCGAUCCGACUGUUUGGAAGAACCCUGAAGAGUUCUGGCCGGAAAGAUUCCUCGAAGAGGAUGUCGACAUGAAGGGGCACGAUUUCAGAUUACUUCCAUUUGGUGCUGGGAGGAGGGUGUGCCCCGGUGCACAACUUAGUAUCAGUUUGGUCACGUCUAUGUUAGGUCACUUAUUGCACCAUUUUCAUUGGACACUUCCCAGUGGAGUGAAGGCAGAGGACAUUGACAUGUCCGAAAGUCCUGGACGAGUCACCUACAUGCGAACUCCAUUACAAGCAGUUGCCACCCCUCGUCUUCCUUCAGAAUUAUACAAGCGCCAACUGGUGGCUAUUUAAUUUUCUAAUAUGUAUAGAAAAAUUGUUUUUAUUUGGCACUUAUUUGUCUUCUAUCAAUGGUUUGUUCUUGUUCUUGUUAGUUUUGGUUUUUUGUUAAAUCUUAAUGAAAAGUGUAGCAAUUUUUAUAAAAUGUAUUGGCCAAAAGAAGAUGGAAUAAGGCAUUAAUUUUUGUCAUGUCAGCUAGAAUCAUGCUGAAUUAGCUAAAACUAUUGAAAAUGUGAAAUUUUUUUAUUUUAUUCUU